UGUGUUCUCAGGGACACCACGAGAAGAUUUUGUGGACAUGAAUCUAACCAUCUCAUCUCAGAACACAGAAUCUACACCAACAAAUGGAACUGGCCAGCCUCUUAAUCAAAAUUGUGCUCCAAUCCUGUCCCUGCACUUCCUGAUUGUCAUCCUUGCCCUGGUUGGACUGGCAGGAAAUGCCAUUGUGCUCUGGCUUUUGGGCUUUCGCAUGCGCAGGAACGCCAUCUCAGUCUACAUCUUAAACUUGGCUCUGGCAGACUUUCUCUUCCUCUGCUGCCACAUUAUUGAUUCCCUGCUGCGGAUCAUUGACUCCUAUGGCUUAUAUGCCCAUAACUUAAGUAAAGAAAUCUUAAAUAAUGGAGCGAUCAUUCCCUACAUGUCAGGUCUGAGCAUUCUCAGUGCCAUUAGCACAGAGCGCUGCUUGUCUGUGUUGUGGCCAAUCUGGUAUCACUGCCACCGCCCAAGAAACAUGUCAGUUAUUGUAUGUGCUCUGAUCUGGGUCUUGUCCUUGUUGAUGACCAUCCACAGUUGGUACUAUACUAUAUUCAUAAAUGGGUUUCAGGAUGUUCAUAAAAAUUUGUGGAAAAAAGCAGAUUUUAUAAUAACUGCAUAUCUGAUCUUUUUAUUUGUGGUUCUCUCUGGGUCCAGCCUGGCCCUACUGGUGAGGAUCCUCUGUGGCUCUAGGCGGAUUCCGGUGACCAGGCUGUAUGCUACCAUCUGCCUAACAGUGAUAGUCUUCCUCAUCUGUGGCCUGCCCCUUGGCAUUUACUUUUUCCUAUUAUUCUGGCUUGGGGUCCAUUUACAUUACCCCUUUUGUCACACUUAUCGAGUUACUGUUGUCCUGUCCUGUGUCAACUGCUAUGCCAACCCCACCAUUUACUUCUUUGUUGGCUCCUUUAGAAAGCGAAGGCAGCAUCAGUCCCUCAAGAUGGUUCUCCAGAGGGCUCUGCAGGACACUCCUAAGGAAGAGGGGUAUACUACCAGCCAUCUUCAGGAAACCAUGGAGACAUCAGAAAGCAAAGAAUGA